AUGGAUUCUUUUGCCAUUACAGAGGGCUUGGUCUCCCAAGACCAACCUGAUGCACCAUCCAGCAAAUUGACUGAAGAGACCAACAAGUUUCAACGCGCCAUCGCAGCCUGGAGAUGUAUUGAUUUGACCAACACAAUUGCAAACCUCGACACAACAGCUACCGAUAUUGUUGAGCAGCAGCGUGAUGCACUCGUACAGAGAAAGGACCUCGCCCAGAAGACAAAGGACUAUAAGAAACUUGAUGAUGAGGCGAAGCUCAACGAGUUUAAAGGUCUACUCAAGGCGUAUCAGUCUUUUAUUGAUCACUUGACCAAUCAAGGCAAAACUUCGUCGUCCUCGUUCUUGCAGCUAUACUCGUCACUAUCCGAGGCCCCAGAUCCCUACCCACUCCUCGAGGCUUCCGUUGACUCUCUCGUUCUAUCCGAAGAUACAGUUCCGAAGCUGACAUCAGAGCGGGAUCAAUUACAAAAGUCGGUGGAUCGCCUUACCAAGCAACAAGAGGAUACCGAGAAACGCCUGCAGGAGGAACGCGCCGCCCGGAAAACACUGGAAGAGAACCAAGAAUCAAGAGCCAAGGAAAUUGAGACAUCAUGGGAAGCUGUCUUGACCGAAAAGACGAACAACUGGGCCGCCAAAGAAAAGAGCUUGGAGGAGAAGGUGGAGAAUCAGGACCGCUUAAUCAAAGAGCUCAAGGCAAGCUAUGAAGUCUCGCAGCGCCUGGGAGAGGGCGAAGGCGACGAGAUUGAUGGUUCACGAAGUGGUGCCUCGGCAGCUGAGCUUGAGCUUGUUUCUGCCGACCUGGAGAAGACAAGCUUGAGGCUAGCUGAUGUGGAAGCCCGCAAUGAACAAAUGCGUAUCGAGCUAGCCCAGGCCGCCUCCCACUCACAUUCUGCCGUAGCUUCUGUCGAGGAUGACCCUGAAUACCUUCGUCUCCAAUCGGAAAAUUCCUCUUUGUUGCGGAAGUUGGAUGCUACACGCUUUGACAAAGACUCCGAAAGACACACUUGGGAAGCUAAGUUGCUUCAAUCGGAGAGAACUUUGUCCAAGGCAACGACCGAGAAAGAGGAGCUGCGCUCACGGUUGGCUAAGGUCGCAGAUUACGAUGAGAUCCGCCGAGAGUUAGAAAUGAUCCGAUCCGUUGAGUUCGCAACCGGCGACGAUGAUGACGUUGGUGAGGGAGUUGAAGGCACAACGACUGAGACUAAUGGCGAGGCAACCAAAUCCAAGGAGAAAAACUCUCUGGAGCAGCUCCUCAUGGCCCGGAACAAGAAGUUGACAGACGACCUCACUCUUCUGCGUGUGUCCCAUCGUGAUAUUCAAGGUCAGCUUGAAACCUUGCGGAACGAACUUUCCACCUCAAAGGGAGAGCUGGAAAAAUCUCGAACCCUAUCAAGUACUCUUGAGAACGAUCUUCUUCGCGUACAAGAGGAGGCUACAAACACGUUCCCAUCAGGGGCAAUGUCUGUUGCAGGAACAUACACCUCCAGAUAUCCUCACUCUGCCCGUCGCGGUGCAUCAUCUCCCACCUCGUCUAUCAUAUCUGGCUUUGACCAGGGUGCUGCAUCCGCGAACACCAUGGAUGCAAUUCGCGCAGGGGAAGCCGUAGGUGGCGGGUCAGGGCUUCUUCCGAUGAUCCAAGCCCAACGAGAUCGGUUCAAGAAGAAGAAUGCCGAACUUGAGGAGGAGCUGUCAAAGCUGUACACCACCGUCAAAUCCCUCCGACAAGAAGUUGCAUCCCUCCAAAAGGACAACUUGGGCCUGUAUGAAAAGACAAGAUAUGUCUCAACCUACAGCCGAGGACAGGGUGCAUCUACAUCAGCAUCAUCAUAUGCAAAUACCCCCAGCUCCACCUCAGUGUACACAUCUGCAGACACUCCAUCAGGAUUGUCCCUCGACCGCUAUCAGAACGCCUACGAAGCCCGGAUCUCACCCUUCGCGGCCUUCCGGGGCCGAGAAUCGACUCGUGCAUACAAACGUAUGAGCCUACCAGAGCGUAUCGUUUUCUCUCUCACGCGUGUUAUUCUCGCAAACCGGACUAGUCGCAACCUGUUCGCUGGCUACUGCUUUGCACUCCACAUUCUCCUUUUCGUGGUCCUCUACAUGAUGAGCACCACGGAGAUUGAGAAGCAUAGCGCUAUGAGCGCCGUCGGUAGUGCGGCCGCUGCUGCUUACGGUGGAGGUGGGGUUGGUAGUGGAAGUGGUAGUGGCACGGGGCAGCUGCACGGCGAUGACUGGCAGCAGGAAGGAUUCAACUAA